AUGGGAAAUGUCUCUUAUCGUAAACCCUCUCAGAACAACCUUUCCGAAGAGGAGUUGAGAGAAUUUUAUAAAUUGAAUACUCGAUUGGAUGUGAAUCGUUCGUUGUUUUCAAUAGGGCAUAACAGUAAAGGACAACUUGGGCUUGGAGAAGUAUCAAACUGUAGAAAUAUUGCUCGUCCUUUUCCAGUGAUUAACCCGAAAGGAUCGGGAGCUUUGAACAAGCCGAUCAAAAUUGUGAGCUGUGGAGCCUAUUAUGUCAUGAUCGUUACAGUAGAUAAUGAAAUUUAUGCAUGUGGUGAAAAUUCUUAUUCACAAAUCGGAGUUCCAUCAAAACAAUGUGCUUAUACUUGUUCAUUGGUUCCGAUUGAAUUGAAUUUUGAAUUUCCGAAACAAGUCAAGGUUAAAGAUGUCAAGUGUGGCCAAGCAUUUACCUAUAUUGUAAUAGAAUAUUUGGGAGAUCAAUUAUUGUUUGGAUGUGGAAGAAAUGUUGAUGGCCAACUUUCCCUCCCUAAACAAAUCAGUAUUGACCAUCCUCAAAUUGUUGAUGGCAUGCUUGGUAAGAAUAUCAAGUUUCUGGAAUGUGGAUACGCUCAUGCAGUUGCUGUCACAACCGAUAACAAAAUUUAUACAACUGGUGACAACAGAUAUAGGCAAUGUGGUCAUUCCUCUCCUGAUAAUAUUUUUCAAUUUAAAGAAUUAGUUUUAACAAAUAUUGAGAACCAGAAGAUUACAGCCAUAGCUUGUGGAUACUACCAUACUGUAAUUGUUGUGAAUGAUCGUACUGUCUAUGCAUUUGGAAUGAACAGAUGUUAUCAAUUUGGAAAUAAUUUAGAGGAUGGACCUCAUCUUUGUACAGAAAUAUUUAAGGCACCUCAAAACCAAUACAUCUUUAAAGUCGCUUCAGGACCAAGAUAUAUCAUCACUAUCACAUCUAGAGGAGAAAUUUAUUAUGCUGGCAAUGGAAUCACAUCACAUAACUUUGAGCGCUUGACAGAAGUCGAGAAGUAUAUCAACAACAAAAGUGCGGUCACAAAAAUUAGCAAUAUUGCAUGUGGUGAAUCACACUCAGUGAUUGUCUGUGAAGGUAGACGCGUUUUCGUACGAGGUGACAAUACCUAUGGACAGUUAGGGAUUGACAAACCGUAUACUGAAAUCGAGGAGUUGAAAUUGGAACAAUAUGGACUAAUGACAAGUUCCAAAUCGACCAUAACUUGUGUUGAUGCUGGAGACUAUUUCACAUUCUUUGGGGUUUCCAACGCACUUCAUGGUCAUCAGAUGUAUAGCACUCUUAAAAAAGAAGAUCAUCCAUUAUGUGAUGUGGUUAUUGGGUUCCAUUGCUGA